AUGACGAAUGAUCGACGAUCACCACUAUUUGAACGAACAAAAGAUGACGAACCAAAGAAUCCGGCUGCUUUAGUUAGCUAUCAACCAAGAAAUACAUCAUUCUCAAACAUCAGUCGUAUAAUACAAAUGCAAACAAUGCUAGUAUCAUCUAAUGUUGGUAACAAAAAGAAAUUUCAUUUAUUUAAAUUAAUGAAAAUAGAUAUUAUGCUAGCAGAGCAAAGUUUUACAUUAUUCAGUUUAAUUGACCAUAUUCUAUUUAAUAGUAAAAGUUCAACAGAGAUGCCAGAAUUAAUUACAUUUUAUCCUUCUGGUAAUAUAAAUUUUAAAAAUAAAAAUUCUGCUCCUCAAUCCAACAUGCUUAUUGUGAAAUUAAAGAAUAAAAUUUAUACAAAUUUAAAUGUGGAGAUACAAAUAAAUGAUUUAAUAAAUGAGCAAGAUAAUCGUUUGUAUAUAUUUGCUCUAUCAGAAAUAAUGGAUGAAUUUACAAAAAACGAUGAAAGUAUACGAAUAAGAUCAAUAAAAGAAAACAAAAAAAAUGAUACAGUUUCUUCAAUCGUAUCACGAACAUCAAUAAAUCAAGUUGAAUUAGAACCUGAUGCAUCAUCAAUACAAGAAAAAGAUAUACUGCCUCCGGUCGAAGAAGAACCGACUCUUCCAUUUCAAUUAAUAAUAAAUACUUAUUAUACAAAUAAUGAUAUAGAACGAGUAUAUAUUCAUUGGGAAAACAGAGCAAUUUUAAUAUCCAAACAUUGUGAAAAUUUUUCACAACUAAAAGCAAUAGCAAUUCAAAAAUUAAAGUUAAAAGAAUCACCUGAUCUAAUUUUAUCGUAUAAUGGUAAGGAAUUAGUAAAUGAAGAGUAUUUUCAUAACUCUAUUUAUUUAUUUAUUAAUAUGAAUCACUGUAUACAUCUUGAUUUAAUUAAACGUGAUCAAUGUAAACCAAUUAUUACUGAUUAUAAACAACGACAACAACAAUAUACACAAACAGAAACAACUGUGCCAGCAACAACUACAACAAAUAAUAAUCAAGAAGAACAAAUUAAUUCGAUAGAUAAUCGAAAUUUUAUUUUAUUUUUUGUGCAAUUACUUAUUCAAGAAAAAAUAUUUUAUAAAGAUUAUAAAUCAAAAUGGACACGUUAUUAUUUAUAUUUGGAUAGAGAUUAUUCACGUGAUCUGGAUAAAAUUGAAACAGAAACUGGUAUUUUAACAUUAAUGAAAAUACUUGAUAGUUCCAAUAAAGAACUUGUUAAUUAUAUAUUACCACUAAAUACACUAAGUAAUGAUCAAAAAUGGAAUGAAGAACAAUUUCUUUCUUAUUUUCUUGAUACAUUAAAUAACUAUUUUCGUAUAACUAUACUUGAUAAGCGAGAUAAUGAUAUUAACACAAUAAUGCAAUUUAUUAAUGCCGAAAAAUUUCAAAAUUUUUUAAAAAAUUUAGAUAAGUUAUUGAAGCAUCAAUUAACAAUACCAUCGCGCGAUGAAAUUGAAGCUAUACAUUACAGUGCUAUUGCAUAUCAUACAUUUGUUUUUUUAUCCAUAUUUCUUUUUUUACCAUUUGCAGUAUUUAUCUAUUGUUUUAAAGCUUUCCAGAAUAAAAAAUGUUCAUGUUGGCCAAUAAACGUUUUACUUGCAUUAAUACCAGCAUCGUUAUCAUCAGUUGCAUAUAUAUUUAUAGUUAAUAUUAUUCUUUAUCAUGUAUUCUAUUUAGAAAAUAUACAAUGGAAAGUAAAUACAAUUGAAACUUAUUAUCCAUUGGUAUUAAUUAUGUUUGUUGUAACAAUUCUCUAUUAUGAUUUUAUUAGUGAUAAAUAUAAAUAUCACCAAAGACCAACACGUUUAGUUGAAAAAACGUAUCUGGCAGCACAGUGA